UUUAUUAUAAUUUAUCAUUCCUAUUCUUAUGAUCCUUGGUUGUCUUGUUAUUUUCAACAGUUUCAAGUCCUCAGGCUGUGAUGCUUUCCCAGGUUCCGUUUGGAAGGAUGGAAAUUGAUUCUUCAACCACUCCCUGUUCUGACUUUUGUUGGAGGUCCCAGCUAAAGUUACCUUCCUUGUCAGAGGAUGGCCUGGAUACAGAUAAGACACAUAAUUUUCCUGAUUUUCUUCAAGAUGUGAAGUUCAGAGAAAAUAACCUUCUAUCUCAAGAAGUGAAGGCCAGCCAGAAAGUUGGAAUACUUGUUACAGUAGUGUGGAAGGCAGAGGUUCAGCAUGAAGAUUCCACCCAAGUGAUCAUGGGACAGCACCAUCUGUUGAUAGAAAAUGUCAACACACUUGUGUCUACUGUACCAAAACAGCAGUUUCAGAUAUCUGAACCAAUGAAUGCAGUCUCUCUGUUGUCUGAUACCAACGAGACAGAUAUAGUAGGGAUUGAGCAACUAGUCAAGUGGACUCUACAGCACCCCUUCUGUGUAGAACAUGACUUCCAGAGUAAAAGGUUACUUAUAGUUCCAGUGCUGUUUAUUGCCCAUAACUGCAGCCUCAGUCCUGUAGAUGUGGAAAUUGAUUUGUCAUCAUACAGAAAUAGUGACAGGUAAGAAACUGUACAUUCUGUUUCACUUGCAUAUUUGUCUUUA